GGGUUUUCUUUAAUUUUGCUGCUUUCGUUCUGCUGCACCUUACGGGACGAGUCCUUGCUUAGAGUGAAGUUCUUAAGGGACAGGACCCGACGAAGCGAGAAUACCCGGGAUCAAGAGGAUGUUUACACCCAUCGAGACUUCCAUCGGCGCCUUCCUGCUACAUCAAGCGACUAGCAACCAACUCUAUCAGAAUGGCGAUAUUCUGGGACUCAGCGGCUAUCUGCGUCGACUCUUCUCUGCACCUACGAAAGAACUGCUCGCGUUCUUCACUGGCAUGGUUGCCAGCUACGUUCCGUUGAAGGCAUUAGCACCGCAGUUAAUCACAGAGUAUCCUGCUGUACAGAUCAGUCCACAGAAUGCUCUGGUUACGCUAGCGAUCGGAGCUCUGAUAGGAUGCGGGACGAAGAUGUCAAAUGGAUGUACUUCCGGACACAUGCUGUGUGGACUCCCCAGACUGAGCGGACGUUCAGCAAUCGCAGUUGCUACCUUCUUCCCUACGGCAGUUAUAACACAUCACCUCGCCAAUCCAAGCCUAUCGAGUCCGAUGUGCCCCGGCAGUGCACCAUGCUACACGCCUGUGUAUCCAUCAACUGAGACAACCGCAUCUCUGCUCGUACUUGCCGUAUUCAGCAUAUUCGCCGCGCGAACCAUACCCAAACUUGUGGCUCAAGUUACGGCCGCACCCACAACCAAGGAUGCCAAACACCAGCCCGCUGAUACACACAGUGCUGCACGCCUAACCACACAGUCCUUCUCGGGUCUUCUCUUCGCCCUCGGUCUUCACAUCUCGCAGAUGGCACAUCCCGGGAAGGUGGCCGCUUUCUUCUCUUUCCCGGACUUGCAACACUGGGACCCGUCACUCGCUCUGGUCAUACUCUUCGGUGUCCUACCCAACUUGAUCGAGAAUCAAAUGAAAGGCUUUACCAGCCCGCCAUCUUUCGCCCACAAGUUCUCGCUGCCUACGAAGACGUUGCAAGAUGUGGACAGAAGAUUCGUCGUUGGAGCUGCAGCUUUUGGUGUUGGCUGGGGCUUGACGGGAAUUUGUCCUGGUCCGGCAGUGCUUCGAGCUUUCUUUCAGCCAGUUUGGGGAGCGUUGUGGAUUGGUGGCUUCUGGUUGGGAGGUAAACUGAACAUUUGAUCUGGCUCCAAGGUUGUCUCUUUACUUCGAAUGGGUGGCUCUUUGCGUUACACGAUACCCUCUGUUCAUUCCUGCGCAUCAUUAGCCAUGAGGGCUGGAAGAUGACUUUGGAAGAUGUUAAUAGUCAGAUAUGAUAUGCCAGUCUAAUGAACGAUGAAAUGAUAUAUGUCAAAGUUCUCGCGUUUCCAUUGGAAUACGCCUUUGUACGUG